AGCGCACACUUGAGGGUUAGAUUGGGUUGGGGUCUUUCGGGGAGAACACGCCAUGGAGUGUCAAGCGGUGGAGGGUUUCACUCGCCAGGACACUAAAGAAGACAUUGGUUGUCCUCCACUGAGGACCGGCAUUCCCAAAGACGAAGAGCUCUGCAUGAUGCGGAGGAGUGACAACUAUUGGCCAGUUCCCAGUGAGGAGAAGAACCUGGAUAUGGACAACAUCAAGUCUUCAAGUGACAACACCAUACCAAUGAAAAAUCUGAAUGCUGAAGGCAAGGCAUCAUUGUGCCUUCAGUUCGGCCCAUACUUUGCUGAUGGCCAACGCCGAGUGGACUACGUGCUGGCUUACCACAUCCAGAAACCCAACAAGACUAGCAACAGAAAAUCAUCCAAGUUUGGGGACGACACCUUCAUUCGCCGCCUUCGACGUAGUUUGAGCUUGAGAAGCAGCCGUGCACCUUUACAACCCAAAGAAGAUCCUGAGAUUUCCCCCCAAGAGACUGAUUACGAUGAGGAUGACAAGCGAUUCAGACGCCAAGAGUUUGAAGAAAACCUCCUAGAGACUGGCUUGGAAUUAGAAAAGGCUGACGAGUGUAAGAUCCCUGGAAUUGGCUUUUUGAAGAUCCAUGCCCCAUGGAAUGUCUUGUGUCGGGAGGCUGAGUUCUUGAAGCUCAAAAUGCCAACAAACAAGGUUUUUGAGAUUAAACAAGGGAAUAAUAUUGUUGAAAAGGUCCGACUGUUCAUUCACAAAGUCACAUCUCCUUUGCACCCGAAACUGGACGCCAACAAGUCACCUAGUGUGAAAUCACUCUCUCACCCUUUUUCCAGAGAGAAGGAGCACCUAUUUGAUCUAUCUGACAGAGACAAUUUCUUUGACAGCAGAAUGAGGAGUUUAAUAGUAUAUGAAGUGCUGAAGAGGACAAAAUGCACCAGGGCUUUGUACUCAAUGGGGAUCACCAGUUUGCUUGCCAAUGGUGUUUAUACAGCUGCUUAUCCUCCUCAUGAUGGGGACAUAGAUGGAGUCAAUGCUGAACCUAAUGACCGAAAGACACUAUUUGAGGAAUGGGCCAGCUACAGUGUCUUCUACAAGUACCAGCCCAUUGGACUAAUUAGGAAGUAUUUUGGGGAGAAGGUUGGACUGUACUUUGCCUGGCUGGGAGUCUACACACAGAUGCUAAUCCCUGCUGCCAUUGUUGGUGUAAUUGUGUUCCUCUAUGGAUGUGCCACUAUUGAUGAUAAUAUACCAAGCAUGGAGAUUUGUGACCCGAGAAGCAACAUCACAAUGUGCCCACUUUGUGAUCACGCUUGUAGCUACUGGAAACUUGUGACAGCUUGUGGUACUGCCCAAGCCAGCCACCUCUUCGACAACCCAGCAACUGUGUUUUUCUCCAUCUUCAUGGCCCUCUGGGCGGUUCUCUUCAUGGAGCACUGGAAAAGACGACAGAUGCGACUUAACUAUGUCUGGGACCUUACAGGCUUUGGAGAGGAAGAGCAGGAGGAACAUAAGGACCACAACCGAGCCGAGUAUGACUUGCGUGUCAUGCAAAAAGCAAUGAGACAAGAACAUUCACCUCCUAAGGGUGAGAAGGUUAAGCUGACAUGUACAGAUAGACUGCCAGCUUACUUGAAUACCGUUGCCAUGAUGGCUUUCAUGAUCACAGUGACAUUUGUCAUUGUUUUUGGAGUCGUCCUCUACCGGAUUAGCAUCAAGAGUGCCUUACACGUUAGCGCCUACCCUGCGGCACGGUACAAUGUCCGAGCCACUGUCAAAACCACAGCUGCCAUCAUCAACCUCAUCAUCAUCAUCAUCUUAGAUGAAAUCUAUGGCUGUAUUGCACGCUGGCUCACUGUAUUAGAGGUUCCAAAAACGGACAAAAGCUUUGAAGAGCGGCUUAUCUUCAAGACAUUUGUUUUGAAGUUUGUCAACGCUUUUACACCUAUCGUCUAUUUGGCUUUUUUUAGGGGCCGGCUUGUGGGGCGGCCAGGAAACUACCUGUAUGUUGUACCAUCAUAUAGAAUGGAAGAGUGUGCCCACGCAGGCUGCCUUAUGGAGUUAUGCAUCCAGUUAUGUAUCACCAUGCUUGGAAAGCAGCUCAUCCAAAACAACCUAUUUGAGAUUGGCAUACCCAAGCUGAAAAAAAUGCUACGUAAGAAAAACUCUGAGCUGGACAAAAAGCAACAAGAUGAGCUGACCAAAACCUUGCAACAACACGAGAAAGACCAUUUGCUUGGUCCUUUUGUGGGUCUCAAUCCAGAGUACAUGGAAAUGAUCAUCCAGUUUGGAAUGGUGACUCUUUUUGUGGCCUCAUUUCCUCUGGCUCCACUCUUCGCUCUUCUGAAUAACAUCAUUGAGAUACGCCUGGAUGCCAAAAAGUUUGUUACGGAGCUGCGAAGGCCGAUUGCAGUCAGAGCCAAAAACAUUGGUAUCUGGUACAACCUGUUAAGGGGCCUGAGCAAGGUGGCAGUCAUUGUGAAUGCUUUUGUCAUCGCCUUCACAUCUGACUUCAUCCCACGGCUUGUGUACCAGUACAUGUACAGUCCUGAUGGCACCAUGCACGGCUUUGUCGAUCACUCGUUGUCUUACUUCAACGUGACUGACUUUCAACCAGGCACAGACCCUUUGAACCCAAUGAUCCUAGGCCAUAAGGUAGAAAUAUGCAGGUAUAAAGACUACAGAGAGCCUCCCUGGUCCAGCACACCAUAUGAUCUCUCCAAGGAGUUCUGGGCCAUUCUUGCUGUUCGCCUUGGUUUUGUUGUUGUCUUUCAGAAUGUGGUGAUGCUCAUGAGCGACUUUGUGGAUUGGCUGAUCCCAGACAUACCAAAGGACAUCAGCCUCCAGAUCCACAAGGAGAAGGUCCUCAUGGUGGAGCUAUUCAUGAAAGAAGAGCAUGGAAAGAGGCUUGCUUUGCGGGAUGGUCACAACCAUAACAGUUGUACUUCCCCAUCUUCCUCAGGCCAGAGCCCACAGCAACCACGCUCUCGGCCUGCGUCAAACACAAACUGCUAUUAAACUAUUAGCUGUAAGGGAAAAAUGAGCACACAUUUCUAAAAAUACAGGAUAGCCUUAACUAGUGCUGGGUGGUAUGGCCUAAAUUUCAGAUCACAAUAUUAUGUUACCAAUGUCGAUAUUCGGUAUGACUCAAUUUGUAUUGUAAUAAGGUUUAUAAAUAUAUAAAAAUGGACCAGGCUCAAAUGAUUUCCAUUACAAAGGUUUAUUUAACAAUUAUAAACAUGAAUAAAAAAAUACCUUCCCUUGCAGAUAUUUGAAAAUGUAAUGAUCCCAAAAUAAGAGAAGCCAAUGUAACAACCUGACCUUUGUCCCUUCAAAUGAAGGCAUCUUUAAGUCCUAAAGUAAGAUUUAAGUCAGAUUGCAGGUCUCUAGCAUGAGAAAUGCAUUGCACUUGAUAACUUGCUUCAUCUUCAGGUGAUUUUACACACAAAUGCCUGUCUUUGUUGGAAAAGGUGGUUUGUUGGAAAAGGUGGUUAGCUAGCCGCAAACAUCCUCUCCUCCAUGUUGUCUCUGAGCAACAAGCGCUGCUGCAGAAGCCUCACAACACAAAAUCUCACAACACUGGUGACAAAUUACGGAAAGAUGGGUUGCAGGACGUCCCACAAAGUCCAUAUCCUUGACACUCAUCUUGAUUAAUUUAAAACAUAUGCUCAGGUAUACUACAAGGAGCAGGGAGAGCGUUUCCAGCGGGAUAUAUUGGACUUUGAACACAUCUACCUAGAGUCACCUAAUGAAAACGUGAUGGGAAACUAUAUUUGGGGGGUGAUAUGUGAAAGCUACGAAUUGUUAAUGUUUUGAUUGUCUCACUUGUGUAAUCCCAUAAUAGAUAAAGGCUACUUUCGCAUCAUGUUGCUUUGUAUCGACAUGUGCAAAUCAGUAUUCCAAUUUGCCACUUUGUUGCAAUGAGAAUAGGUACAAAAAAAGCAACGUUAGAAAUUAAAAUUAGUAUUUUUUCAUGUUUCUAGUCAUAAGCAAAUCGAAAAUAACAGUUCCUACCUAAGAUCAAAAAUUGUCACAUUGUGACAUAAUUCGAACUGAGCUUCACAAUAUAUUACCCAGCACUAGCCUUAACUUUUAUACAGAGAAAGAAAAAAAACAUUUUUAAUGAAAAACUUUUUGGAUGUCCAAAACUUAUAGCUCACCUGUGCUAUAAAACUUGUAACUAGAUAAAUAAAUUGCGAAUAGCUAUUCAAUGUUGUGCUAUUUGAUGAAAGCAGCUUUUUUGCAGGAAUCAUUUUCAUUUUUCAAUGUGAUUUCAGUGUUAAGAUCUCACAUUUUUCUUGAAUAUGAUUUUUUUCUCAGUAAUAAUUAUAUUGUCUGGUUUAAGAUAUUAAUAUGUCAUGUGGAUUAUAUAUCGUGGCCUCAAAUUUCAGAUGUUCAGUGUGUGGAUCUCAGCUCAUGCCAUCUUUGUGUAUAUGUCAUAUUAUUUUCAUUCUGGUGUGAGUUGUCACUUGUUAGUCUGCAUUAUUUUAAUUGAAAACCAAAUUGUCGAUCAGUGUGAAAGUACUAAUGUUGGUUUGUCUAUAUUUGCCCCGCUAUUAAUUCACACUCCACUUGUGUCUCCACCUUUUGCCCAAAGUGACCCAAAACCCCAAAUUAGCAAGUGCUAUAAAAGGUUUACACAGCAAUCUAGGUAGGCCAGUAGAUGAGAGAAAGAGAGAGAGAGACAGAAAGACAGAGAGCAAGAGAGACAGACAGAUGGAUACGAUGUGGUGAAAAACUAUUGGUCCCCUUCUCAAUUUUGCAUAUUUUUUGCAUUGUUUCCCCACUUUAACAUUGAAGAUCAUCAAACAAAUGUAAUUUGCAGACAAAUAUAACCAAAGUGAAUUUAAAAUGCUGUUUUUAAAUAAUAAUUUAAUUAAGGGAAAAAAAAUCUUCAAAGUUACCUCAACCAGUGUAAAAAAGUAAUUAGCUCCUUUGUUAAAUCAUGAUUUAAUUGUGCCUAAUCACAGUUUUGGGUUCUUAUUCAUUGAUCACACUCAAGUCUGAUUACAUGCAGUUCUGUUCAAUGAAGAAAUUACUGAAACAGGGUCUAUCCUAACAAAAUCAAGUCAGAAUAAAGAUCUAAAAAAGCUGCAGCAAAAUAACAAGAUGUAAAGAAAUUCCAUAAACAGUUGACAAAUGAAGCAAUUGGCGUCCAUCAGUCUGGAAAGGUUUACAAAAGCCUUUUCUAAAGCUUCAGCACUCCAUUUUGGAAAAAGAACGUCCUACCAAGAGUCAAACAUAUGAAAAUGGUAGUGUGAUGGUCUUGGGCUGCUUUUUACUUCAGGACCAUGAAUUCUGGUCUUUAAAAGAAAAUCCAGAAGGAUCAUGUUCAGCCAUCAGUUUGUGACCUCAAAAUGAGGAUGGCCCACACAGUUGUUAGAUUUAGGGGCCACUGCUUUUUUUUUUUUUUUUUACUCAGGGCCAGGCAAUUACAAGUGUUCUUUCCUUAAUUAAAAAGCAUUUUAAGUUGCUUGGGUUAUAUUUGUGUGAUAUUUACAUGGAUUUGAUGAUCUUAAACAUUAAAGUGGGGAAACAGCGAAAAUUUAAGACUUUGAGAAGGGGGCCAAUACCUUUUCACAGCACCGGCGAUUAGAUAGAUAGAU